AUGGAGGAUGCACACACUCAUUUGCUAUCAUUGCCUGACGAUCCACGGUGUGCAUUUUUUGCCGUGUACGACGGCCACGGUGGUCCGAAAGCUUCACAGUUUGCCGGUAUCAAUUUACACAAGCAAAUAUUGCAACAAGAAGAUUAUGCUCAAGGAAAUCUCCCGGAAGCUCUACGGAAGGGUUUCUUAGCGCUCGACGAACAAAUGCGUUCUGAUGACGAAAUGCGCGACGAUGUCUCUGGUGCCACAGCAGUUGUAGUUUUAAUUAAAGAUGAUGUUAUUCACUGUGCAAACGUAGGUGAUUCUCGAGCUGUUGUCUCUGUAUGUGGUGAAGCUCGUCCAUUGUCGUUUGAUCAUAAACCUGCUAAUGAAAAGGAGGCUAAGCGCAUACUUGCUGCUGGUGGAUGGGUUGAGUUCAAUCGAGUUAAUGGUAAUCUCGCUCUUUCACGGGCCCUCGGUGAUUUUGUAUUCAAAAGGAACGAUGCGAUUCCGCCUGAACAACAAAUUGUAACAGGUCAGUUAUUAUAUCUUUAG